AUUGAACUCCAGGCCUGCGACCGGGACUAUCAGUGCGGAGGAGGGAUGUGCUGUGCGGUUAGCCUCUGGAUCCGCAGCCUGCGAAUGUGCACGCCAAUGGGAAAUUUGGGAGAAGAGUGCCACCCUUUGAGUCACCGAGUUCCCUUCGCCGGGCGGCGGAUGCACCACACCUGCCCAUGCCUCCCCAGCCUGGUCUGCGUACGGACUUCUCCCACCAAAUUCAAAUGUUUACCGGGCUUCAGAAAAGAAGAUGUCUUUUUUUAG